AUGGAAGAGGGAAAUCACUCGGUGGUGACUGAGUUCAUUCUCUCAGGACUGACAGAUCGUCCGGAGCUCCAAGUCCCCCUGUUUGUGUUGUUCCUACUGAUUUAUGUUAUCACCCUGGUUGGGAACGGGGGGAUGAUCUUGUUAAUCAUGACUGACCCCCGACUCCGCACCCCUAUGUACUUUUUCAUUGGUAAUUUGUCUUUUUGUGAUCUUUGCUAUUCCACUAUAAUAUCCCCUAAGCUUCUGCAGAAUUUUUUAGCUGAGAGGAAAAGCAUUUCCUACACUGCCUGCGCUGUGCAAAUGUAUUUCUUCAUCGCCUUUGCAGAUAUUGAGUGUCUUUUGCUGGCUGUGAUGGCGUAUGACCGGUAUGUGGCCAUUUGUAACCCGCUACUCUAUAUGGUCACCAUGUCCAGGCAGCGUUGCAACCAGCUGGUGGCUGGGGUGUGUGCUGUGGGGAUGGUAGAUGCAUUGAUACACACGUGUCUGACAUUUCAGCUGUCAUUCUGCCACUCCAACAUCAUCAAUCACUUCUGCUGUGACAUCCCCCCAUUGCUGGCGCUCUCCUGCUCUGACACCCGCAUCAAUGAGAUGGUUCUGUUUGCAUUCACAUGCUUCAUUAUAGUGAGUAGUGUCAUGAUUGUCUUCUUCUCGUAUGCCUAUAUCAUCCCCACCAUCCUGCGGAUCCGCUCUGCCUCGGGCCGAUGCAAAACCUUCUCCACCUGCUCUUGUCACAUGACUGCAGUGGUCCUGUUUCAUGGCACCCUCCUCUUUAUGUAUUUACGUCCCACCUCCAGCUAUUCCAUGGACACUGACAAAAUGGCCUCCAUCUUCUACACGCUCGUGAUCCCCACGUUGAACCCCCUCAUCUACAGCCUGAGGAACAGGGAGGUGAAGGACGCCGUGAGGAAAGCCAUGAAUAAACUCCUACGGAAUGCCUGA